CAAGAACACAGUCGUCGUGGUCACGCGCCCGCCCCCGACCGCCUCCACCAGAAGAGAAAACGGCUAAACAAACCAAAAUUAAUUCUCAAAUAUGUGCUUCGUCUUCGUAUCGAGCGUAAAGUACACAAAACGUGACGUUGUAAAGCGAUCUUUGACUUGAAACAGUUUUUCCCCUUCGACGGAGUAAAAAUCGGCCCCAGUAUUGCCCGAGACCCCAAAGUGUAAAGAGGUGGGAGCUGCCUGUGAAGUUUUCCAAUUCAAUUUGUAACCGUUAGCAACUGAAUUCUUACAAGUCACACAAACAAAAUUAAAUUGUUUACAUAUAUAAUAUAUAUAUUUGCAACUUGUCGACUUCGUGUGAAAUACUUAACUUUAAAGCGGAACACAAGAUGCCUAAUGUGAAGUAUUUGUGUGUUUUACCCACGGUGGAAAAGGAUACGGAUCGUUUAACUAAAUUAACCGUCCGCGGAACUUUAACAGGGAACCCACAAGAGUUCUCGGUAAAUUUUGUCAACGAUCCAACCUGCACAGACAACAUCACGUAUCAUUUUAAGGUACUGGUACGCCUACAGACCAUUAUUGAGAACUACAAACAGAAAGGCGAAUGGAGCUUAUCCCACAAGGAGACGUAUCUUAAUAUAUUCGAUGAAACUGAUUUUUAUCUUGAAUUUACAUUAGACUAUGCUAAUUCCACAAUAGUGGUUUAUCAAUUGAGGGACUCGGGUCAUAAUUUCAUUUGCGAAUACAAUACUCUAUUCGAUCUAACCGAAAUACAAGCCGUCCAGAUAUGGGGAGAUGUGCAAAAGAUUAAUCUCUUUGCCAUGGGAUACGAUUAAACCAAUGAACAAAAGGUAGUGUUAGGUUUAUGUUUCCUUCUUAAUCAUCUGCACUUGGUUUCGGAGUACACUCUGCAGUUUGCUUUGCUUGAUUUAGUGAUUAGUGCUUGCUACUAUCGAAUAAUAGUAUUGUUUGUAGAUUUUGGUGGCUUCCUUUAAAGUAUUAUUUGUACAUGGUUAUUAUAUGUAGUUAAGCCAAAGACUUUUUAUCUUUUGCUGCUAAAAAUAUUCCAUUGUUUGACCCAGUAUUAUGUUUGUAAUUUCAUUAAAUAAUCCGAAUUUCAUCGGAAACUUA